AUGAUGACAAAUUAUGCUACUAACCUCACUAUGGACUUAGUCACAGAAACUCUCUCUGAGGCUGGCUCGCUGGCAGUGACUACUCGGUCGCCGGAGGACGAGGACUUGUUACAGCGCAGCACAAAGAAGACGAAGCGUCCAAGAAGCGCGACGGCGACACCAGGCCCAACAACACCCGACGAUACUGUUCAAGAAACUCAGUUCUUGGCCGAUUUGAAGUCCCCAGACUCCACUCAGUGGCGGACACCGGUCGAGACACCAAAUACGGCCUGGGGCCGCAAAGAAGUUCCAGACACAUUCGAUAAAGAAGUAGUGUCCGAGGAUGAAGAUAUGAACGACGAGAGAUCAUAUCCGAAGUGCCCGGUGAUUCAUGUGACCAAGGAGGAGAAGGAAAGUUUGCGGCGGCCAUGGCGGCGCACACUCAUCAUUAAGGUCCUGGGUAGAAAGGUUAGCUAUUCUUACCUACUCAAUCGUCUACAGAAAAUGUGGAAACCAGAAUCCAGCUUCGAUUUGAUAGCCCUAGAUCAGGAUUAUUUCUUGGCUAAAUUCGAAGCCCUUCGGGAUUAUGAUUUUGCGAAAUAUGAAGGUCCAUGGAUUAUUUUGGGGCACUACUUAACAGUUCAAGAAUGGAUGCCUAACUUCAUCCCCAGGAAAAACAUAUUGGAAAAAUUAUUAGUUUGGAUACGAUUCCCUGCCCUCCCCAUAGAAUAUUUCGAGGAUGAAUUUUUGAGGAAAAUUGGGAAAGAGGUGGGGCGCCCUGUGAAAGUCGACUACACUACGAGUUUAGUAUCCAAGGGCAAGUUUGCCAGAAUCUGCAUUGAACUUGAUAUGACCAAACCGCUACUGUCUAAGUUCACAAUAGCAGGGGAGGUGAUGCCAAUUGAGUACGAAGGGUUACAAAUGGUUUGCUUCAAAUGUGGGAUCUAUGGCCACAAACAGGGGCAUUGUGAGGCAGAAAGUAAUAAUGUGAGAUUAAAGUCGUUCCACGUGAAGUUAAUGCUUUAG